AUGGAACAAGCUGUUGGUAAGCUAGAUUCAGCUCUGGAGUGCAGGGACGAGAAUCGAUCUGAGAUGGUCAUGGAUGCACUAGAAAGCCUUGUGCAAAUAUCUCGCGAGUGCUCGGCUGAGGAAAUGGCAGGCUGCGAAUUGGAUGAGCUGUUUGUAGACUCCUUUGAUAAGAUAUCUCCCAAGAAUCACAAGAGGCUUGUAGAGAUGCUCCCAGACCUUGUUUCGUAUAUGAGGGACCCAAGAAACAUCUACUCGUCAAUAGAAAGGUAUUUCCGUCCCGAAUGCCACUUUUCAGUGGAUGUUGCAAAAGUGGUUUUUGUAAUUAAGAGAGACUUUGGGCUUGAGUUUGAUGGCUUUCUCAGCAAUCUUUUCGAUUGCAUAAGCCCCGGCAAUAUCGAACAUAACAUAGAGAGGAAGCUGUUCUUUAUUUUGAUGGCCCUAGGGGAUAGUUCCGUUUCGUUACUUACAGCCAAGGCCUUCAUCAAGAAGCUGUGCAGCAUCUCCCUCCAAAUGAGGUCUUCGUGCUGCCAUAAGAUUCUUUGGACCGUCCUAUGGAUUAUGCGUCUUCAUCCAAUGGCGUACGCAAUGGCAAGAAGAGAGAGCUUCAGGAAAGACCUCGAGUGGACCGUGUCGAUCGAAAUUAAUAGAUUCCAGCCAUAUCUAUUCGAGCUUGAUAUACUGAGUAAGUCUCUGGAGGGAAUUAGAAAGGUUACUGGGCUGAUCAAGCGCGAAGCCAUGGAUGCCAAGCAUAGACCAAAGCUUCUGUCCUUGGCCAACUUUGUGUUUCCCAAGAUGGAGAUUUAA